GUUUUUUUUUUCAUUUUAGAAACUUCAUUCAUGGAGAUUAUAGGGCCAGUUCUUGAAAGUGUAGUAGGUGAAUAUGUAGAUUGCCACAAAAACUUCCAAAAUGAUGUGGAUGAUCUCAGAAAAAGAGUGGCAGAUCUAAAACGCAGAAGAAAUGAUAGAGUAGCAGAACUACAAAUGGUGGAUGACUUGGAAAAAAAAGUUAAAGAAGAAGUGCAGGGAUGGCUUGAAGAUGCAAGGAAGGUCAUUGAAAUUGAAAUGUCAGAUAUUGAAGAACACGUGCAGAAUGUUUCAUACUGGUCACGUGGUAACCUUGGAAGACGUGUUCGCCAAAUGAUUCAAGAUGUGAGGGAAAUUUACGAUCGAGGUAGUUUCCCUGAAGGUCUUGUAAUUGAAAGGUCUCCAACUAUUGGAAUCCCUUUGCCAACAGAGAAUAUGGUGGGCGAGGUUAAUGUGAAGGAAAAAAUUUGGGAAUACUUAAUGGGUCACGAGGUUGGAAUUAUUGGAGUUUGUGGAAUUGGUGGAGUUGGCAAAACCACUGUUAUGAAACACAUCCAUAAUGAAUUACUGAUACUGAAUAAGGCUAUUGUGUUUGAGAAGGUUGUCUGGGUUACAGUAUCACAUCCUCUUAAUGUUUUCAGAUUGCAAGAUGACAUUGCUAGGGCAAUGAACGUAAGUCUUUCAGAUUGGUGGGAUGAAUUGAGCCGGGCAUCAAGACUGAUGAAUGUUAUGAAAAUAGUUAAAUAUGCAUUGAUCUUAGAUGAUGUGUGGGAUAAAUUUACUCUUCACAGAAUUGGAAUCCCAGAACCAACAAUGGAAAAUGGGUGUAAAAUUGUUAUUACUAGCAGAUCGAUUGAUGUAUGCUACUACUUGAAAUCUCAGGUAGUUAAAGUGCCACCUCUACUAGAGCAAGAGUCUUUGAACUUGUUUUUAGAUAAGGUUGGGCAAGAUGUUCUACGAAUUCCCAAUUUGGAAGAGAUUUUGAAGCUUAUGGUGGCUGGAUGCGCUGGUUUGCCAUUGGCCAUUGUUGUCAUUGCGGGGAGCAUGAGAGGAGUACAAGAUAUUUUUGAGUGGAGAAAUGCAUUACGUGAAUUGCGUCAAUGUGUGGUGGACACAGAGAAAGAUUCAGACGAUGAGAUAUAUAACCGUUUGAAAUUCAGUUAUGACCGUCUACCAAAUUCAAGCAUCCAAGAGUGUUUCUUAUAUUGCUCAUUGCAUCCAGAAGAUUGGAUGAUUAUAAGACGAGACCUAAUUGAAGACUGGAUUUAGAUACCAGAUGAGGAUGAAUGGAAUGAAGAUCUAGACAAGGUCUCCCUCAUGAAAAAUGAAAUAUCAUAUAUCCCUCAAAAUAUGUCCCCCAAAUGCUUGAUGCUCUCAACCUUGACUUUGAAGGGUAAUAACAGAUUGAGAGAAAUUUCAGAGUGUUUUUUUGCUAACAUGCCCCGGCUGAAGUUUCUUGAUCUUUCUAAUACUGGCAUUGAGGUUCUACCUAAUUCCAUAUGUAACUUGGAAUAUCUCACUACACUGAUCCUCUGUGGAUGUGAGAGUUUAAAACGCAUGCCUUCCUUGUCAAAGCUUAAAACACUGAAGAAGUUGGAUUUGGAUGGAGCAGGCCUUUGUGAGGCUCCUAAAGGCAUUGAAAUGUUAGAAAAUCUGCAAUAUCUUGAUUUAUCUUGUCCAAACCUGAGGCUGCUUCCAGAAGGAAAAAUCAGUAAGCUCUUCCGCCUCCAAUACCUACGUAAACGUCAGAUUUUUUCAACUGACAUAAGAGGAGAAGAAGUAGCAAGAUUGAAGAUGCUGGAAUGGUUUGAAGGUAGAUUUGUUUGGCCGAAAGACUUCAGCAGUUUUGUUAGCAAGUUGAACCUCUUCGGAAGACCCAGUCAUUACUUUAUCACAGUGGGAGACACAGACAGAUGCGAGAUACGGGAAGAAGAUGAGUUGGUCCUUCCAGGUGACCUUCAGGAUUUGAGGAUUGAAUCCUGCAAUGCAGUCGGUGAUAUUUCUGUUUUUCAGAAAGAUUUUACUCGAUUGCGAACAUGUGCUUUGGAAGACUGCCUAGGGAUAGGAUGUGUGGUCUCUUUGUCAUCAUCUUCAUCUACUUCCUCGACAGUUAUGAAUAACCUUGAAGUACUAACUCUUAAGGGUUUGCUUGGCUUGCGGGAUGUUGUGAAAGUGGAAAAAACAAGAGCAUCGCUUGCACCAACAAUAUUCCCUCACAUCUUUUCCAAUCUUAAACAGCUGAGGGUAUACAAUUGUUUAAAAUUGAAGAAGCUUUUUCCAUGGGAGCUGCUGCAGUGUCAGGGCCUCCAAAACUUGGAGCUGAUUGAGGUGAAUCAUUGUUGGGGAAUGGAGGAAAUAAUAGGAUGGGAAGAAGAAGAGGAAAGAAAUCAAACAACUACUCCAAUAUUGAUCACUCUUCCAAAAUUAAGGAUAUUGGAGUUGCAAUUUCUACUAGAAUUGAAGAGAAUCUGCUUCGAAAGAGGAGUAAUGGUUUGUGAAUCUCUCAAUAGCAUCAAUAUCAAUGCCUGUCUGAAGGUAAAGAGGAUUCCCCUUUGUCUUGGAAGGGAAAACAAGCAACCAUCUCUUCCUGCUGUCAAAUAUAUCUAUAUUUUCAAUCCAAAAAAAUGGUGGGAAUCGUUGGAGUGGGAGAAUCCUGACGAUAAGAAUGUCAUCCUACCUUUCCUCCAAUGUAGUAGGCUACAUCUCUUGCCAUCUCAAACCUAUUUCUUCAACUCAACAACAUAGACAGCUAAGGAAAACAGAAAAAAAAUGGGAUUCACACUCACUUCAAUCCAAUGAAAUCUCUGUUGUAAUUUGUUGUUUUGUACUGUGGAUAAACUUUGUUUAAUUAAUGCUUGUUCAAGUAAUACUUGUUUUAUUUUGUGUUGUAAUAAGCAGGAAAACAAAUUUGAGAAAUUUCU